AUGGCUGAUAGAGAGGAUUCUGAAUUAGAAGGUUUGUUAUUAGCAAGAAAGCUUUCAUCUCUUAUACCUGUGUCUAUAUCCAUUGAUGAGUUAAAAUUUAAUGAUUCGAAGAAGAAAAUUACUGAAAAUUCAUUAAAGAAAAUUUCUCCUGAAAAGGAAUACAUUCCUCCAAGUCCUGUUGUGCAUUCAGUCGGAAACAAUCAGCCACAAGAGACCCCUAAGCCGAAUAAAUUUACAUUUUUGUUAAAAUCCAAAAAGACACCUAUAAAAUCUCCUUCAUUUACAAGAAUGAAAUAUGAAUUACCAAAUAUGCAAAAAAUAGGUACUUCUGGUACAAAUCUGAGACCUAUUAUGACUGUUUCUUUUUCCAGUUUAGACCUUUCAAAUGCCGCCAAAUCGGACAAGGAUGUAAAGCAAGAUGCAAAAUCUGUUGUUCCUGAGGCCAGGCAGAUUGAAAGUGAUUGCGACUCUGAGUCAUCUUCUCUCUAG